UGUAGCUUAUGGCAGGGCCCUUCCGAUUCCCUUUUACAUAUGCCUUCGGUGAUUUGGACUCUUGCCUCCUGUAAAAGGGAAUCGGGGGGACAUACUUCAUUGGAAUCGUUUGUUGCAUAGAACUUUUUGAGAGCAUCAGCCAUGCCAAAGAUACGCGUUGAUCGAACAUCAAUCUGACUUAUCAUCACUAGAGAUUUAUCUGGAUGUAAAUGAGAAUGUGUUCGGUAAUAUAUAUUAAUCGGUAUUCAAUCAACGUGAUUUUUGACUUGAUUGAUGGUCCCAACAAGGUCCAAAACAUGAACGGUUUUGGUCAUUAAAAUAGACCCGUAGGAGGACUAGAGAGAUGUUCCCUCCAUAAAGAUCACAGACUUUGCAUGAAGUACUCUGAGAUAAGUCUCUGUUCUCAAAUACUGACAUGUGAUAAUUUCAGUGUCAGAGAAAUGGCUGGAAGCCAUAACAUCAAUGGGGGAUUGCUGAAAUCGCUCCUCAGGAUCAGAACAGUGAAGAAGAGAACAAUUAUAGUUGGUCUGAAAUCUGAUAACUGCAGCAGAGAACUACUGAGGAGAUUCCUGGCAAUGGAGGCCAUGCCAGGGGACAGUGUAUUUGCUGUUCAUGUGUUGGAACCAAGUGAUACCUUUGAUCCUAACUCUUUCCAUACCCAUGAAGACAUCUGCAAAUCUAAACAGGUGGAUUUUCAAGUGAAGGUUUGUGGAGCAGAUUCCUACAUUACUGGUUUAGCCCAUCAAGUCAGGAUCAACUUUGCAACAGUUCUAGUAGUUGGAUGCAGCAGCUCACCAUGGCCCAACAAUUCAACCCUCACCAAUUGCUUGAAAGCAUUGCCUCCCACUUGCUCACUUCUUGUAAUGAACCAAGGAGGAAAAAUCUUAAUGCAGAGACAAGGAACUUCACAAGAGGGCUCCACAACGAAAGUCCUUAAGUCUUCUCUCUCUUCAACACCAACAUACAACUCCUCUGAACAAUCAGGAACUACCCAUCAGAUACAAAAAUCACGGUCAAUGCCAUCUUGCUCAAAAUCAACACCACUCCAACAAAAACCUGAAAAUUUGAGCCUUAGGAAGCCCAUGACACAGGAAUUGUUCCAGAUAUUGGCUACACUAGAUAUAAAGGGGUCUCGGCGAUUCAAACCAGAAGAACUCAGUAGCGCAACUAAUGGUUUCAGCCCAGAAAUGGUGAUAGGAGAGGGUGGAAACAGUAUGGUUUUCCGGGCCGAACUCAACAGUGGUUGUGCUGCAGCUGUGAAGGUCAUGAAAAACACAGAGAAUUCAGCUGAGGACCUUUUUAGAGAAAUGGAGAUUUUGAGUUGUUUGAAGCAUGAGAGUGUUGUUCAGGUUAUUGGGUAUUGUUAUGGGAAAGAGGUGAAUGCAAUUGUGUACAAUUUGUUGAAGGGAAGCUUGAAGCAGAGGCUAAGGUGCCUUCAAUGGAGUGAGAGGAUGAGGGUAGCAAUUGGUGUGGGGAAGGCACUAAAGUACCUCCAUUCUUUCUCCCCUCCAAUUAUUCAUAGAGAUGUGAAAUCAUCUAAUAUUCUGCUUUCUGAUGAUUGCCAACCCCAAUUAUCAGAUUUUGGAGUAGCAAUAGUGCAUCAGCAAAAUCAGCAAGUCUCAGGGCGCACAAAGCCAUUUCGCGUGGUUGGGACCUUCGGAUACUUGGCUCCGGAGUAUAUGAUGUAUGGAAAAGUGGAUGAAAAAGUAGAUGUGUACUCUUAUGGGGUUGUGCUCCUGGAGCUUAUCACCGGUAAAGAGGCUAUUCAGACAACCGAAGCAUCUAACCACGAAAGCUUGGUGCUCUGGGCACGGUCUUUACUCAGCUGCGGCCUAUGUGAACGUCUAAUCGAUCCUCAUUUGAACGAAGACUAUGACAAGGAUGAGAUGCAAACAAUGAUGACUGCAGCGCGCCUCUGCCUCUUGCAUUCAUCCUCUAGAAGGCCAGACAUGAAAACUAUCCUGCAGUUAUUUGAGGAGCCACACCACUACCUAAAGAUGCAGAGGAAAGGACAGGAGCUUCUCAACGAGAUUAGUCCCAAAGGAAAAACAGGUUUGUGCAGAUAUGACUCCUCAGACUUGAAUGAAACUUUCGAAUUUUGAUGACUCCCUACUAUAGAAGAAAAAUUCUUUUAGAAAGCUCUUGAAAUUAGGUAUAGUUGUUUAGUUUUGCAUUGUAGUAUUAUUUUCUGCUAGUCAAUACUAUUUGGCAAAUGAAAUUUCAUUUUCUUAUUCAUCAAUAAAAUAGGGUCGUUGGAGUUUGGUUCCUUAUUGAAACUUCA